GUUAAAUGAGCUAAUUUAUGUGAUUCAAAGCUACUGGUAGCUGUAUUUAGAAAAACAACAAAUUAAAAACAAACAGUCAGACUCAUCAUCAGUAGGGGGCGGUAUCACGCAUAUCGUCGUUUGUCAGCUGCCAGGAAGAAAAGAAGAAGAAGAAGAAGCAGCAGCAAAAGAAGAAGCAUGGCGGCUGACAUGAGAUUACCAACUAUCCGAAAAGCAGUUUCUUUAUUGGAUUCUGCUUCCGACCGAAAGGAUCUGGUGGUCCCCGGCGAUGUUAUCACUUCAGACACCGGUUUCAUGAGGGGUCACGGUACCUAUGUCGACGAGGACAAGCUGACAGCAUCAGUCGCCGGAGAGGUGCAGAGAGUAGACAAGCUGAUCUGUGUCAGACCACUUAAGACCAGGUUCAACGGUGAGGUUGGAGACGUGGUGGUUGGCAGAAUCACAGAGGUGCAACAGAAACGGUGGAAAGUGGAGACAAACUCUCGGUUGGACUCCGUCCUCUUGUUGUCUUCUGUCAAUCUGCCCGGAGGAGAGCUGAGGAGACGAUCAGCAGAAGAUGAGCUGACCAUGAGAGAGUACCUUCAGGAGGGCGAUCUCAUCAGUGCAGAGGUGCAGUCUGUCUUCUCAGAUGGAGCGCUAUCACUUCACACCCGUAGUUUAAAGUAUGGAAAAUUGGGUCAAGGAGUGCUGGUUCAGCUUUCUCCUUCUUUGAUCAAGAGGCAGAAAACACAUUUCCACAACCUGCCGUGUGGUGCAUCAAUAAUCCUUGGGAAUAACGGCUUUGUGUGGUUGUAUCCUACACCAGAACACCUGGAAGAGGAGGCUGGGGGCUUCUACACCAGCCUGGAGCCCGUCAGUCUGGCAGAUCGAGAGGUGAUUUCACGGUUGAGAAACUGCCUGCUGGCUUUGGCUGCACACAAGGUCCUUUUGUACGACACCAGUGUUCUCUAUUGCUACGAAUCGUCAGUUCAGCACCAGGUAAAGGACAUCUUGAAACCAGAAGUAAUGGAGGAGAUAGUAAUGUUGACGCAACAGAAGCUGUUGGAACAGGAAGGUUAAAGAGCAUUAGUCCUAACCCUGACCUCAUUACAAAACUGUGAUCACAUCAAGCAGCUAUGUCAGUGAUGGACCACCUGUAUCAGAGGACUUAAGUGGUCUUUUUUUCAAAGCACCCGUCCUUUUAUUUGUCUGCUAAUGAAAAGGGUGGGUCGCUUUUUAAAUUCUGCAGGAAUCACUUGAGCAGCUGUUCUUAAGCUUUGCAGAGGUAUUUGUGGAACACUUUUUAUAAUGUGUGAUGUUAUACAAAAAAAAACUGUUGUAUGCAAUAAAUUUUCUAUAAUUUACAGUA